UUAAACUUUCUCUAUCGGUCAUCUCUCCCUUGUUGUUGUUACAGGGCCUUCCCGUUCUGUCCGUGUUUUUCACUGCUUUCUACAUCCAAGUCCUGCUAGGGCAGCCAACACCUCGAAAGUAAACACAACCCGCUUAACAAUUAAAUGUCAGACAAGGGGCAGAUCCAAGCUCACAUCCUCUAUAUAUGACGAAGGAGUGCCUCUGCUGUAGAUCUCUGAUAACACUAUUGUAAGGAGAGAGGUAGGUGUGAGCUGUGGGAGCCUCUUAGUUUCAGCAGCGGCUGGCAACACACAGACAGCCACUACUGAGCAGAAGAAGCUGAGCCAUGCUGGAUCCAAGCCCUCCCUCUCCGAGAGCAGUGGCCGACUCCCUCAGAUAGCCAUGAACACCUGCAAGUAUAAUGGCGGAGUGGUGAGACCACUAGUGGGCAGUCUGGCGUCCUCGUCUCGCCGCAACCUUGCGGAGCUCGACUCGGAGACGCAGCCCUUGCAGACGCUGCACAGCUCUGGCCUGGAGGUGGUGGUGUCCAAGGGCAACGGCGGCGAAGAUCCUAGCAAGGCGUCCAACGAGAGCUUGGUCAGGGAGGGCAGCGGGAAUGGCGGAGGCAGGGCGCCGCAGAAGAAGAACAGGGACAUUGGCUACAAGCUUGGCCACCGGAGGGCACUGUUUGAGAAGCGGAAGCGGCUCAGCGACUACGCACUCAUCUUCGGGAUGUUUGGGAUUGUUGUCAUGGUGACAGAGACGGAACUGUCAUGGGGGGUUUACACUAAGGAAUCUUCAUACUCAUUUGCACUGAAAUGCCUUAUCAGCCUUUCCACUGUUAUAUUGCUUGGUCUUAUAAUAAUGUACCAUGCCCGGGAAAUCCAGUUAUUUAUGGUGGACAAUGGUGCGGACGAUUGGAGGAUAGCCAUGACGUAUGAGCGGAUCUUCUUCAUCGUGCUGGAGCUGCUGGUGUGUGCCAUCCAUCCCAUCCCGGGCCAGUACGUCUUCACCUGGACGGCGCGGCUGGCCUUUACAUAUACGCCGUCGGUGGCCGAUGCCGACGUGGACAUCAUCCUCUCCAUCCCCAUGUUCCUGAGACUCUACCUGAUCGGCAGGGUCAUGUUACUUCACAGCAAGCUAUUCACGGACGCUUCCUCUCGCAGCAUUGGCGCCCUCAACAAGAUCAACUUCAACACACGCUUUGUCAUGAAGACCCUCAUGACCAUCUGUCCAGGAACUGUUCUGCUGGUGUUCAGUAUAUCCUCCUGGAUCAUUGCUGCAUGGACUGUGCGCGUCUGUGAGAGGUAUCACGACAAACAGGAAGUCACCAGUAACUUUCUGGGAGCCAUGUGGCUCAUCUCGAUUACCUUCCUCUCCAUUGGCUACGGGGACAUGGUACCACACACGUACUGUGGGAAAGGCGUGUGUCUGCUUACAGGGAUUAUGGGAGCUGGCUGCACUGCGCUGGUGGUUGCAGUGGUAGCCAGGAAGCUGGAGCUGACCAAGGCUGAGAAGCAUGUCCACAACUUCAUGAUGGACACACAACUCUGCAAACGAGUGAAGAACACAGCUGCCAAUGUACUCAGGGAAACAUGGCUCAUCUACAAACACACCAAGUUGGUCAAGAAGAUAGAUCAUGCCAAGGUGCGGAAACACCAGCGCAAGUUUCUCCAAGCCAUUCACCAACUGCGCAGUGUGAAGAUGGAACAGAGGAAACUCAAUGAUCAGGCCAAUACUUUGGUGGACCUGGCAAAGACCCAGAAUGUGAUGUAUGACCUGGUGUCAGAGCUGCAGGAGCGCAGUGAGGAGCUGGACAAGCGCAUCGGCACAUUGGAGGACAAGCUGGACUCGGUGACGGGCAGCCUGCAGGCGCUGCCCUGCCUCAUCUCCCAAGCCAUAACCCAGCAGCAGCAGGACUUCCUGGACGGCUUUGUUCACCGCUUUCGGCCUGCCUCACUAGCCUCAGAGCGCUCUGAACGCUCUGAGCGAUCCUGGACUUCCACUGCUCGCAGGCGGCGCUCACCCUCCACAGCUCCACACACCUCCUCUGAUAGCGGAUAACCUUGACAAACCCUUUGCAAUCACCUCCGAGUCCCGCCUUUCCCAAACCAACUUCUCACCUCAUUCUGUUCCAUCCUAAACCGUCCCUAUAAUCCCUGUGAGUCCAUGUCUGGACUGAUAAUGAACCCAAAUCUUGACCCCUGACCCAACCCUUGCCCUUACUCGCUCCCUCCCAUCCCUCCCAUCCCUCCCCUCUCUCCUUCCUCCCCACCCAUCAAAUUCAAAAACCAAUUCCUCUGUGACUGAGCCUCUCAGCACAGGACUGGAUCAGAGCUACUCCAAAAGAACAAAGAAAGGCAAACAAAGACUUCAAUCAAGAAAAAACACAAAUGCAUCCAAAAAACUAAAAAGACAAAAAAAUUUAAAAAUGACUGAAAAACCGAGAUAAAGUAGAGAUAUGGUUUAUGUUUUAGCCAUUGUAUGGCUGUUCAAGUUAGCUUUUUUGUAAAAGCCCUUGUAUAGUUAAAAAAAUGACUGAGUUCAGGGUCGCUGGGGUGAGAGCUGGCUAUCACACCAGAGAGUCCUUAACCACGAGGGAGGAAGUUGGUCUGUGGAGCUGAGGGCCUCGGCUCACCUGCUGGCCGUCCGAGGCCAUGGAGGACAUCUGUCCACCCAUCCGUCCGUCUGUCUAUUUGUCCGGUGAGGAGAGUAAGACAAAACAUUGGAUUUCCCUUUCAAAAGACUAGUGUCAUGGAUUCUUUCCCAUAGGUUAAGACGAAAGCUUUAGGAGAGGCUAUGAAAGCACUGACUUCAAGUCAGUGUUUGGAAAUGCACUUAAGGGGGAGGGGAAACUGUCACACAAAAGAAAAGCAAAGGGGAUGCAUAUGGCAUUACUACUGGGUAGGAAACAUUUACACAAUUGCCAACUUCAAGGUUUCAGCUUCCUUGUUCUUACCAAGGGAAAAAUGAGAGCGACUAUCUUUUUUAGUUACAUAUUGACAUGUGAUUUUUCAGUGCCUGAAUGUAUAAAUAGUAGAGGGUUAUUUAAUUACUAAUUUCAGAGCUUUUUUACGAUGUUAACAGUCUGAAUACAGCAUUGCAUUCCUUUUUCAGAUACAUUCCUCUCCAAAACUUUAAAGAAAAUGUCUUAAUGUAAUGCAUAACAUUGCCUCCAUUACACAGCAACUCUAAAUGUUUUGAAAACCUUUUUUUUCUAUUUAUACUAACACAGUGAAAAAAGAAAAAGUUCAGAGAGCAAGCAAAAGUGAGACUGGCUGAGAGUAUUCUGUGAGUGUGUCUCGGAGAAUGAGUUCACUUUUAGCUCAAUGCUGCACACUCAUACACACAACAAUGAAAUAUGUAGUCUACCUUUCUCACCACCACUAAUUAGAGCUUCCUGUGGUCUUAAGAUAAUGGCAUGGCUUGAGGUCUGCUGGUAUACGGCCACACAGGCAAACAUCACUGGUCGAACUGAGAACCCAGCCCUACCCCCCUGCAUGGUUCUGUGCAAAAAUGACAAUAGAACUCAAUCUUCCUUGGAUGGCUUGAUGAUUUUACAUGAUUUUGAUUUUAUUAUCUUCACUUUUGUUUGUUUGUUGCUUUUCUUUCAUUUUCUUUUGUUUAUUUUUUUGCUAAACAUUUUUUACUAGGACACUUAGGGUGUUUAGAGUUGCGGAACCUAGAGAGUUGCAGUAAUGUGAUUCUGUAAUGCAUUCCCUGUUUAAAAUAUGAGGUAAAGAAAAACUGCUAUAACAAAAGAAUCCUGAAAGGAUACAAAUAAAAGUGCUGAAGAAAACUUUGAUGGUUACAGGACAGUGAAUUGGUCUCUUGGCAAGAGUAGUGGAAUAGCUCAACAUUUUGAGAAAUGGACCUUAUUUGCUUCCUUGCUAAUUUAGAUGAGAAGAUUGGUACCAGUCUAAUGGCUCUACAAUACAUAUGGAGCUACCGCCAAAAGCUGGUUAGUUUAGCUUGGCAUUAAGACUGGAAACAGUGGGAAACAACUAACCUG